AAUCCCAUUUCCGAGCUCUUUCUCCUUUAUUUUCCCUUUAUAUUCCAUUCGCCCCCGAGAAGCUUACUGGGUUUUCAUUUUUGGCCUUGCGUAAUGGAUGCCGAUUGUAACACGGGGCUUCUUCUAGGGCUGGGGCGGGGUUUGGAUCAUCAUAAUUCCAUGCGCCCGCACGUACCGGAUGUGGCUGGUGUUAAGAAGAAGCUUCAGGUUUUGAAAUUUGAUGAUAUUUUGCCUUCUUUGACGCUUGGAUUGUCGGUUGUUGUCGACAAGAGCGGCGGAGAAUCCGCCGCUACCGCGGCGGACGAGUUGAUUCAGCAAGGCUCUUCGGGUAGUCCGGUGUCGUCGUUUUCUAACUCAUCGGGGUUUAAAAGGGAGCGAGACGGCGGCGCCGGUGAAGAGCCGGCUGAAACGGAGGUGUUUAUGGAGAGAAUAUCUAUGAAAGUUGCUGAAGAAGAGGAAGAUGGAAGCCCGAGGAAGAAACUUAGACUCACUAAAGAACAAUCCGCCGUUUUAGAAGAUAAUUUCAAAGAACACUCCAGCCUCAGUCCUAAGCAAAAACAGGAUUUGGCAAGACAGUUAAACCUAAGACCAAGACAAGUGGAAGUAUGGUUUCAAAACAGAAGAGCCAGAACCAAGCUGAAGCAAACGGAAAUGGACUGUGAAUUACUGAAGAAAUGCUGUGAAAAGCUCAAAGAAGAGAACACCAAGCUUCAAAAGGAACUUCAAGAGCUUAAAUCCCUCAAAUUAACUGCCCCGCCGUUCUGCAUGCAGCUACAAGCCGCCACUCUCACCGUUUGCCCUUCCUGUGAGAGCUCCAUUUGCGGCGGCGGUGGCGGUGGCGGUGGAGGAGGCGCCGAUGCUUCUCCAGCUAACACCUUCUCAAUUGGGUCAAAGCCUCACUUUCUCAAAUUCCCAUUUAACCAUCCAUCGGCGGCUUGUUAAUUCAGCCUAAUUUUAAUUAUAUAAUUAAUUAAAAAGCCCAGAAGACUGCUAUUUUUGCUUAAGGCUUCUGGGUCAAUAUAUCGUAUAUAUAUAUAUAUUAUAUGUUUUUUGUACAAAUAUAUUGUUAUUUCAAACACGUGGAAAUUAGGCUUUGUAGAAA